CCCUCCCAGUGCCCAGAGCCCAGUGCCAGCGCGGUUGCCAGCCAUGCCCUGCCCUGCCUGGCCAUGCCCUGCUAUGCCUUGCCCGUGCCCUGGUUUGCCCAUAGUCCCAUCCAACCUGGAAGCUGCCCGCCAUUGCCCAUUGCCCAGUGACCGACCCAGCCAGCCCAGCCGGCCCAGUCGCACGCGGCCGCCGCCUUCUCGCUCUGUCCUGUGUGGCCUGCCCGUCUCUCUUCCCACCAUCACCACCGCCACCACCACCUCCUUCGGUCUGGUUGCCCGCCUUCUUUCUUUCCCCGGCCUCAUCCUCGCCUCACCCUCAACUCUGGUUCAAUUCCAGCGGGAAAUCUCCAUAGGUUUCCUGCUUGGUCUUGACCGUCCACUCCUUUAAUCCAGUUUACCUUUUUAGAUUCUUAGAAAAAGCAUUGCCUUAAUUCCGCCUCGUGCAGCACUCUCUCUCUCGCUUCGUUCCCACCGAACCGGACAUCGGGACGACCAAAGAAAGAGCAAACUCGAAAUCGGACCUCGAACCAACUCCAGCUCCGGCCUCUACUCCAGCUACGCUCCAGACCCACGAGAGUACACAGACCGGGCACCCUAACGGGACCAGUCAAUCUCGCAUUACGACACCGGCCAGGCGACAGACAUCGCCGCCAGCCACUCACAUCACAAGAGUGAGGUCGGAUUUCACGGGAAAUCGUCCCAUCUCUUGAGCCCACGAAACCCAAAACGAGUCGAAGAUCGAUUCAACCUAAUCCAAGUCUCCCGCCGUCCCGAGUGAGAAGUUCUGGGGUCGUCGCACCCGAAGGACCGAGCAGCCAUUUUGGUACCCCAUGUCACCUUUGGUCAAGUAGUCAUCAGAUCUCUGGCCGCAGCGCGGCUCUUGUGAAGAUGGCUACCACCAUUGUUCCUGACAUGCCCCACGAUGGUCGUGUCCACAACCCACGCCAUCUUUCGAUCCCUAUUCAUGGAGACAACCUAGGCCUCGGAGACCCUCUGGACGCCCCCGAGUUGUCUCCUCGAUCCCACGCGACCGCCCCGCCACCAAACCCGCCAUUCGUUUUCCCACCGAAGGCAAUGUCUGCCUCCGCGCCGUCGUCAUACUCCCGUGCCACCGGCAGGCGGCCAAGGUCUGCAAUCGAGCCAGGCCUGGCAGCGCUCGCCGCUGGCAGGAACGACGACAUGCCUUCCCAGGGCUCCUCCGCCCUGCCCGCAUUCUCGUUCAACCCCGGGGCCAACCUCGCCCCGUCAACCGCCACGCUUUUGCCAGCCCACGAGUUCCUAAACGCCCCGUCUCCCCAGCAGUCGCCACGGCCCUCCCCCGCAAGGGGAACCCACAGGCGCGGAGGGAGCGAGUUUGUCGGAGGUGAAUACCGAUCCGGCAACGCCAGGAUGGAGGUCUUGAGCUCGAGCCCGACCAAGUCAGAAGGCGGCAAUGCCUCGCCCCAACUCCGGCCAGUCGAGCCAACCCGGCGAGGACCUGCUCAUCGUCACGCCCACCGUCGAUCUGCGGCCAUGUCUAGCCAUGACCUUAGCAGUAUCACCGGGCUUAAUCUCCCCAAAAACUCGAGUAAUGUCUCACGAGGAAGCAGUGCUCCAUCAAGCCCAUCCGGGCCAGAGCUCAACAAGCAUUUCUCAUUCCCCAUUCUGCGUCCUGAUGAUGUCAAACCAGACGCAGAGGACACAGUUGGCGGCAACAGGCCCCAGAGUGCUGGACUCGACCAAACACCUGGCUUUCCUAGGCUCGCCGCCGCACCAUCACGGAGGAAAUCGUUCAGCAAAAACAGGGUCGGCUUUUCGGAUACCCUCGAGUUUAUACCUCGGCCACUUUCCCUAGUCUCGAGCGACACAUCGAGUACCGUAACUGUCCGCCCGGGCCACUCCCUCUCGGGCAGCAUCUCAUCAGUUCUUUCAGCCUCAAACACGCCCAUCAUAGAGAAGGAUGAAUCUUUGGCACCUCUCGAGCCAACCGCAUCACAAGUCGCCGACUCGGAAUACAGACCGAGCACAGCUGGUGCUGUGCUUGAGAGUACGCCGACGUCUCCACAAGAAGGCAUGUCCCGCGCCGGUCCAAAGCGGCGAGGCUCUUUACCUCUGCUUUCUGGUAUUCCCCUUCCCUCUCCUGACACCGCCUCUCCUGAUCCUAGCCCUACGAAAAUUGCAAAGAGAUGGUCGUUCUUUGGCCUGGAUCAAUUCUCUGGAACCCACUCGCCAUCAAAAUCUCGACCUGUGAGCCUGAAUUCCUGCGAGGUCUCAAGGACGGAUCUGCCGUUGUCUAUAUCUGCCAAUGAGGAAACAACGACAACAGAAUGCUCAGUACAGAAAGCUGGCAAGAAGUCGAGCAAGAAGCCGAAGAAAGUCAAGACUUGGGCAGGCUCGAUACUAACCAAGAGGCCGAAGGGUCGCAGAAGCAAGAGCAAGAAGUCCAGUCGCCGGGGGCCAACCCCCCCUCCAAGUCGUCCAGGCUAUGAGGAUGAGGAAGACACGGCGUCAGAUUCUGCAGACACAAAGAGCGAGCCGUCCAUGCCUACUGUUAUGAUAGAAGAGUUGGACCAAGACCAGGAGGGAACGGAGGCUUGGAAGCCACCCCGACCCGUGACGGAGGAAGACACUUCCUACCCUGUGAUCGACCUUGAUGCGGCGCUGGGGCCUUUCAACACCCCUUUACCACGGAAUCCGGAGUGGGAAGCAGCCCAGAAGGCCGGCGGCCUGGUGAAGCGGCAACUUCACAGCGCUGCUGGCCUGAGCAGGUUCACCGGCCCGGGGAUGCACUACACUCACCACCAGCGAGCCCAAAGCUCUCCCGAGAUGCCUCCAUUUGAGUUCCGCCGCGGAAUCCACAGAUUUGGCAGCAGCUCUACCAUGGCAGAUGUUUUCGAGGAAGAGGAGGAGUACUACGAGGAUUCUGACAACUCUGGCUCAUCGACACCCCAGCCGGAGUCGACUGGUCCUAAGGACAGCGAGACUUCGAGUGUCAGUGGCUUUUUCUCAACACGCAGCUCGGCGGAGAGGCUUGGGGCAGACGGGCGAAGCUCUGACGCAUCGCUUGUAGCCAAGCGGAAGGCCAGCGAUCCAGAAGACAGCAGGUCUCAACGCACCGCAAGCAUGAAGUCGAGAACUUCGCUGAGCUCUCUGCAAGAGCAAGUCAUUGAGGAGGAGCCACCUGCCAUUCCUACUCAAUUCAGGACAGUGGAAUUUGGACGCCCAGCGCAGAUAAAAGCGCCGGAUUCGCCCAUGUCAUCGCCGGUCAGCCCAAGAGCGCCGAUGGACGGAUGCUCGUCUUCACAUACCACCUCGUCCUCUUUGGCGCCAGUCAGCCCUUAUUCGUCGGUCACCCAGUCGUCCUCCUUCCCAUCGCCUCGGUCGCCAGUCUCAUACGACGCAAACAUCAUUUCCACUGCGCCAUCGUCAGUGACAGAUGAUAGCUUCCAGUCACUGCUCAUGGGAGAGCCUGGUCCGGAAGUCCGGAAGUCUAUGGAUGUCCCCUCCAUCUCCAGCAGACACUCCAACCAGCCGCCAGAGAACCUGUUCGCUCAGCAGGCUGCCUACAUGAACCGAGCCCCAGCGCCUGGGGAGCGCCCGGCGUCUUUCAGUGCGAUGGCCUUUGGUGGUGGCCGACGGGGCAGCCUGGCGAGCCUGGGCCGCCUGAUCAGCAGCUCUCACGGGGAGCGCAGCAAGCUAUCGACGGAAGUUUUCAGCAGCGAGUCGGAAAAGAAGCUGAAGGGCAGCAAGUCCCGGCGGUUCAGCAAGAUGAUGCAGUUCUGGAAGCCGAAAGAGAACGCACAGUCAUGACCGCACAGCUAUCAUUUGGUGAACGGACCCAAUUGAUACUCGGAGCUGCAAAUUCACAACCAAAGGGGCGUACCAGGCCCCGGCAUUUAUGAAACGUAAAACGAAUUUCCUUGUGGACCAUUGGGCUUUCAUAUUGGCAUUCUCGCGCACAGCAAGGGAACCUCUUCGCAUGGACUUUGUAUGAUAGGCGGUUUACAUUAGGGGGCAAUACCAUUUUCGCUCUGGAGCUCAUAUGACGGAUGGAUAACCCGGAUCACCUCGACAGCACCCGAGGCACCAAUUGAAAUCGGACACCCACGUUUUACACACAAUUCAUGAACCCGGCAUUAGCAACGAUGCUAACAGGAAGGCUACACCUCAGCACACACACCCAAGUUUACGAUUGGCCUCUCGAGCCCCGCAGAAAGCGGUGAGGCGGGAGACGGGAGGCGGGGGGGGGAACAUGGGUCACGUUUAACGGUCACAGCAAUCCGAGAGAAGAUGAGGAUGUGAUGGACCGGUUAUAACUUUCGAUUCUACGAGGACAGAUAUCCUUGCAGAGGAGGUGGGCGCCGAGGCGGCCGACCCAUAGCAAAUGGAAAGAUUCCAGAAAAGGGGGGGAGGGCGACUUUGGGAGUCCUUCUUUUCCUCAUCUUAAUUUGCUUGGCUGCUCAGCGCGGCACUGAGGACGACCCAGCCUCCUUGAGUCUUUAGAACAUUGAGGAUGGAAGUCGAAGGGGGGAGAGAAAGGGCACGUCGGAUACGCAAAUUACGUAGACAUAAUAAUGACGAUCCAAAGUACAUAAAA